AAAUACGUGUCAAUAACAAAAAUGUACGAUAUUUUAGUUUAGUUUAGUUCACUGUAAUUUUCGGCCAGUCAAUUGUUGUUGUCAAAAUGAAAGUCCACAUUAUUUUAUUAGUAUUUUUACAAAUAUGCUUCGCGCUCACUUCGAAGAUAGACGUUGAAGAAUUAAAAUGUCUAGUUUGCAGACAAAGUAUACAAGAACUGAACAGCGCUGUGAAAAAAUUGGAUCCAUCAAAACAAGUGGAUGUAGGAGGUUACAGACUGGAUGCCGAUGGAAACUAUAAACACAAGACUGUUUCCGAAAACAAAUCGGCACUGAAACUUUCCGAAUUAAUUGAAAAAGUGUGUGAUAAAAUGGAUGAUUACGUUCGAGCUACUGGCAAAGAGGACGGCAAGUUGUUCCUGCUUAAACUGAUGACUGAGGAUGGUAAAAUGAAUCCAAAAAUGUCUGAGGCUGAUAUCAUACAAGAUGAUGAUUUGAACAAGAGUGUUAAGUACAAUUGUGAAGUUCUGGUCGAAGAAUAUGAGGAUGAGAUAAUAAAAUUGUACCAAACAGAUAAUGAGGAUAUUGAGGCUGAAGUGUGUAAUAAUAUAUCAAAUUAUUGUAAACAAAAUGCUAGGGAAGAAUUGUAAUUUAAUUAGCUAUAAAUAAAUUUUUACUGUUUUGUUA